GCUUUAGCGACUUUCGGUGGAAGGUGCAAUGAAAAUACGAGGCGAAGAGCGAACCUUGGCGUGCAAUUAAACGACGACAGGCGGACUGCGAGGAUCGCGGGCUGAUUACACUGUUCUCCGAGGUCCGGACGCGUGAAAGAGUGAAUCAGAAGGAGCAGCCCGAGUGCGAGUGGCCCGCGAGAGCGAGUCUGCAGUGUCGUCAUCAUCACACACAGGGUGUAGCUUCGGUUCGGUGAGCGAGGUUAUCGAUCCGUUUGGCCCAACUUGGACGAGCAUAGAGCGACGCCGAUGUUUACGCAGUGAGACGCGUCCCCGAGGUGCGUGUCCCGAGGAUGAUCACAUGGACUAAGUAGUCGCGAGUCAAGUUGGCGAACAAAACGCGCAGAACCAUGGCGACGUCGGAGGAGGUCGGAGACUUCGAGUACAACCAAAACGACCUCAUUGGUCACGGCGCCUUCGCCGUCGUCUUCAAAGGACGCAAAAUUAAGAGCCCGUCUUGCGUGGUAGCUAUUAAAAGGAUCACCAAGAAGAACCUGGCCAAAUCGCAGAACCUGCUCGGCAAGGAGAUCAAAAUCCUGAAGGAGUUGACCGAGCUGCAUCAUGACAACGUCGUGGCUCUCCUGGACUGCAAGGAAACGCCGAUCUACGUGUACCUGGUGAUGGAGUAUUGCAACGGUGGCGACUUGGCGGAUUAUCUGCACGCCAAGGGGACGCUGAGCGAGGACACGAUUCGACUCUUCCUGCGGCAGCUGGCCGGCGCGAUGAAGGCGCUGCACGCCAAGGGCAUCGUCCACCGCGACCUGAAGCCGCAGAACAUCCUCCUCAGCCACAACAUCACCAGUGCAAAGUCCUGCCCGCAGCCCCACGAAAUUAGACUCAAAAUCGCGGACUUUGGGUUCGCCCGAUUUCUGCAGGACGGCGUGAUGGCAGCCACUCUUUGCGGAUCUCCGAUGUACAUGGCUCCAGAGGUGAUUAUGUCGCUGCAGUACGACGCCAAAGCCGAUCUCUGGAGUUUGGGCACGAUCGUGUUCCAGUGCCUGACUGGAAAGGCGCCCUUCCAGGCCCAGACGCCGCAAGCUCUCAAACUUUUCUACGAGAAAAACGCCAACCUGGCGCCAAAGAUUCCGUCUGGGACGUCGCAGGAUCUGGCCGACCUUCUGAUGGGUCUGCUGAAGCGCAACGCGAGGGACCGGAUGGACUUUGACCAAUUUUUCGGCCAUCCCUUCCUGAAAAAGGGCUCGGUGCGCAGCCCGAAGAGCUCGACGGCGCCGAUGGCGGUGCCCUCGCGGAAGCAGGGCACGCCCACCUCGACCACACCAGGCACCUCGGCCAGAAGUCCGCCGUCGAACAGCACGACGCCUUCGUCCAGUCCCGUGGUAGGCCAUUUGCCGCCUUCGCCAGGUACUUUGCUCUACACGGAGACGUUCAAGAGUCCGAUGGAGGCGCAGGGCGGCGAGGGUCCGUGCAACUCUUCCUCGUCGAUCGCCUCGAUGACGGCGACCACGACCGGACAGAACCUGACCAGCAGUUCGAUCGAGCAGGACGACUUCGUGCUCGUCCCAAACCACAUCCCGUCGGACGAGAACUCGAGCGACGGCAGCAACAUCCUCGGCCGCUCGCCCAGAAUGAGCGGCACGCCGACAGAAUUAUCAGAUCACUCUUCGAGGAGUCCAAAGAGUGGCGGCUUCCUGAGGACAAACUUCACGCAGGCGAGUCCUCCGCGGCCGAGUUUCCUCCCCGUGAGCGACCAGUCGGGCGCUCCGGCGGCCGCGGCCUCUUCGACGGCGCGCAAGCUGGGCUCGGAGCCGAUUCCGGUGCCGACGCAGCGCAGCGCCUACCAGCAGAUCCACGGCAGCCUGCAGUCAGACAACAACAACGUGGAGGCGUGCGGCGUCGCGGACAACAUGUCGCCGGUCAGAAAUUCGGUGCCAAGAUCUCAGCCCAUCAGUAUGAGGCGGCAAAGCGAACGCAACAACGGCGUCGAGCUCAAUUCCAUCUCGCCGCCAGCUGUGCAGUUCACGCUGGGCACGCCGCCGAGCGCAGGUCGUCGUCGGUCGGCGUCCGGCAGCUCGUGCGGGACGCCGCCGCCGGUGACGACGUGGCAGGUGUCGCCGGUGACGCAGUACGCGGUGCUGGCGUCGUCGGCGCGCCACGCGACGCCCAACAGCUCGCCGAUGCGCCGCUCGGGCAUCUGCUCGUCGCCGCUGCUGGCCGGCUUCACGGCCCCGGUGCCGGCGGGCGGCGGCGCCGCGCCGCUGGCGCCGAUCCUCGGCUCGCCGACUCGCGGCGGCGGCGGCUUCGACAACGCGUUCGCGCAGACGGGCGGCAGCGACAGGUGCGGCAACGUGGCCUCGCCGGCCGACUGGAAGCUGGUGGCGCGCGCCGCCACGCUGCCCGACAUGGCCACCGACAACCAGGUGGCCGCGGCGGCGGCGGCCGCCUGCCGCACCCACGUCGAGCUCACCUCGCAGCUGGCCGCCGAACUGCAGAGGAGGCCCAGCUACGGCUUCUUCCACGAGCAGGCCGACCCCGUCUUCGGCACGUCGCCCCCGCAGGCCGCCGCCGCUGCGGCCAACGCGGCCUCCGACGGCCCCAUCACGUUUGUCGCCCCCGAGCUGCCCGAGGAGACCCUUUUGGAGAGAGAGCAUAAUGAGACUUUAGCGAAACUGAACUUCGUGCUGGCGCUGGUGGACUGCGUCAUCGAGCUGGCUCGUACGCGCGCCACGCCGCUGCCCGGACUGGCCGAGAGCGUGGCCGCGGUGCCGACGGCCGGCUCGCCGUGCUCGCCAGGCCAGGCGAAACUGUCGGACGGCACGCGCAGGGCCGAGCAGCUCGUGCUGCUGGUGCGCGCCCUGCAGCUGCUCAAGUCUGGCCUCAACCUGGCGAACAUGGAACUCAAGGCUGGACGCCUCCAGCCCUCCUCCACCGUCAAAUCAGUGGUCUCGAAGCUGAACGAAAAGUUCCACUACUGCCUGUCCACGUGCAAGCAGCUCAACAUGCCCGGGUUGCUGCAAAAGGCGGGAGUUGACACCAACACAAGCAUCGCGGCGGACAGGAUCCUCUACAAUUACGCAAUAGAAAUGUGUCAGUCAGCCGCGCUGGACGAGCUCUUCGGCAACCCGCAGGAGUGUUUCCACCGGUAUCAGACGGCACAGAUUUUGCUGCACAGCCUGUCGCAGCAAGUGCAGCACGAGCACGACCGGACCCUCCUCUCGAAAUACAAAGACGCAGUCGAGAAGAGACUGUACGUGCUGCAGCAGCAGGGCUACAUUUACGCUUACGACUCGACCUGAUUGGUGCUCUUGGCGUGGUUGCUCGGCGUCGGACCCACUGACCUGCCAGUCCCGCACCUCCACAAACCAACUUCGCCAAGAGCCAGUCCUCAAAGUAGUGAAACUAAGGAAACAUUUGCAACGUAAACUCACUUAGCAAAACAAAGAAGGAGAAAUAAAUAUACAAAAAUACUACAGAGCACGCGUACUCGGAGACCUCGACAGUCCAGUUCUUAACCGAAAAACACUCACUUUCUAGGCGUGAGUUGAGUAUCGCGGGAAUUCUUUCAGAUGGAUUCUUUGGGGUGGCGGGAAAAACCGUUGCCAUGGAAUUUCGGGGAUAUUCGGCCAAUCACAAUGUAAGAUAAUCAUGAAUUCCAAACAAGAAUUCUCGUCCUGUCGGAAAUUCUUAGCUAAUUUUGGCGGGAAACGAAUUGAGCCUCAAGAAUCCAUCCAAAUUAAACCUUCCCGCGCUGCGAAUUCACGUGAACGUCGUAGGCAAACAGAUUCGCUUGAAAUUCUUGUAAAUACACACGCAGUAAAAGAAAAGAAAAGCAAGCGAAGCCGCGAAUAAUAACCGAGUGUACCUAAAAAAGUGAAUUUAUCUCAUUGUAAAUAGCUUGGUAGCGAUAAUAACCGGACAGAGCACACACCCACUUUUCAGUUUUGAUGACGGACACGCUGCAUUUUGCUUUUACAUACAUAAUAAAUAAAUGCGUAGAGGCAUGGAUGACAAAUGAACACUGAUCUCGUUAAGUAAACUGCCCGUAGAGUAUGUCGAAUUGAAAAAAAAAAUAAUGAAAGAAUUAAAAGAAGCAAGGUGCAGUAUGGUAACACCCACACACUAUUGUAUAAAUCGUAUAUAUAUAUUUUAAAAUAAUAAAACACACUCAUACGCUGUAUGUUAUAUGAUUUCUGCUGCCGAUCACACUCACACUCUACUUUAAUAACUAUUAUGUAUAGCUAUAUAUUACGAUACAUUAAUGAUAAAACGAUACACACGUAGAGGAAAUUUGUAAUCUAGUCCACCGACCCGCAAGCAAACACCUGCAAAUAAUUAUAAACAAUAAUCUAACGACGGCGGUUUGAUUUUCCGUUUUAUUACUAUACAACUCACUGUGUUAGUCUGAGAUUAGAGGCGGAGCAUCAAAUGCCCACAUCCACGAUAAUUAAUUCAAUUUUGCUGCUCUCCAUUCGACAUUUAAAAUUAUUGUAAUUAACUGCUGUGGUUGUGCUGCUUUCUCUGUUCCAAAAAGUUUUGCGUCUUCCGCUAUUUUUUGCAGCUCGUUUAUUGAUUGUUUAAACAGUGAUAUAUGUUUCAAAGCCUAUACAAAUAUAAUUAUAUCAAUGUCCUAAGUAGCUGAGUGUACGAACAAAAUAACAAACUCUGAAAGUGGCUUUUCUCUAUCUCUCUGUAAUUAUAAUGAAUAAAUUGAAAAAGCCACUUUUCUCGUCUUGUCAGUCACGCUGCUUUUGAUUUGAACGCCUUGAUGUGUUGUUGUUAGUUGUUGCUGUUGUUGAUUAUCCAGGAGUGAUGAUAAAAAUACGCAAAUUGCGUGCUGAAAUGUAUUUUUUGAUCGAGGGAGGGAGCGCGCCGAGCGGAGACGAGAGAGUGAGUGCGAUGCGUUUUCUAUGAUUUCGCGCGCGAGGCAAAUUUAUUGUUUUCUCCCCCCACACUCACCCCAAUUGACUUUGUAUCAGUUGUGUAUGUACUGUACCUCUGAGAUGAAUCCAAAAUAUAUAGCAAGCCUUUUCACAACUA